CUGCAUUUCUUAUUUCUCUUCCAGGAACUGGAUUAUCAGAAGAGACGCAUGCGGGAAUCGGGAGACAGGUUUGUUCCUGUCAUGAGCGAUUUCAUCACUGUGGCAAGUUUCAGCUUCUCAGAGUUAGAAGACCUUCUGAACGAGGCUAGAGACAAGUACUCCAAGGCAUUGAAGCAUUUUGGAGAGAACGAGGGCAAGAUGCAGCCGGAUGAAUUUUUUGGUAUCUUCGAUACUUUCUUACAGUCAUUUGCAGAGGCCAAGCAAGACCUGGAGAAUAUGAGGAAGAAAAAAGAGGAGGAGGAGCGCAGGGCACGCAUGGAGGCCAUGCUAAAAGAGCAGAGGGAAAAAGAGAGGCGGCAAAAGAAAGCACAAGCAGGAAGUAUCUCCGAGGAGAGCGGGGAGUUCGAUGACCUGGUAUCAGCAUUGAGGUCAGGUGAAGUCUUUGACAAAGACUUAUCCAAGCUCAAGCGCAACCGCAAACGUUCGGGGAACCAGGGCUUAGAGACAAGCCGGGAGCGGGUGGUGACAAAGCUAAAUUAUUAAUUAGAAGAGGAAGAAAAAUAAUCAACCAAAAGAAGAUGAAAAAAAAAAGUGCAAAACAAGCAAGAUGAAUGUGUGCAAUGGCGCCUGGCUGACAGCUGCUCCGAAGGAUUUCUUU